AAUGUAUCAAUAUCUUUACCCCUUUUGGUGAGUCUCUAUCUUUUUAUCUAAUUGAUGACUUGCAAUUUUUGUAACUGAGAAUGGAAUAUAGCAAUUUAGAAAUUGAAUAUUUGUACGGUGGAACAAGGAAGAAGAAAACGCGAAAAAUGAGAACGCGAAAGCCUUGUGGGGCACUGUCAACAAUGAUACGCAUAUAUUUUCAAUUCGAAAAAGCAAAAGAAGAUUAGAAGCACAACAUCAAUGUGCUUUUGUGCUUUUCAGGGAUGGGAAAGGAAGGGUGGUACCUCAGUUGUUCCUGUGCUCAUAGCCUUGUGUUAAUAUUUGCCACAAUCCUUCUCCUAUUCCAACAAAAUUGCACCGCUAAGAACAAUCCACCAUGUCCUCCUUCAUCAUGCGGCAAAAUUGGUAACAUUUCUUACCCAUUUCGACUCAGAGGCGAGCCAAGCCACUGCGGCGACCCAAGGUACCAAUUAGAUUGCGUGAACAACGCGACACUGUUAACUUUGUUCUCAGGGAAAUACCAUGUACAAGACAUCGAUUACAAGAGAUAUAAAAUGGUAGUUAGUGAUGCGGGUGCAGGGGAGGACGCCACUUGUUCCUUCAUCCCUCGCUAUUUUUUGUCCGAUGGCAGUUUCAGGCCCACGGGCCUCGUUGGCCCAGAUGAUUUUGGAUCACAGCCUUUUCUUUUGGACCCCAUAGAUCCUCCGAGAAUAGCCUACUUCAACUGUACCAAUCCAGUGACUGGUGAUCCUCGUUAUGUUAAGGUGGAUACGAGUGGUUGUGGCUCGCGAGGGCAUGUCUAUGCUCUUUUGGAACCAUCAUUGUUUGAUUACCGUGUGAAGGACAUCAAGGUUGGGUGCAAUCUUACGGUGGCUACCUUGGGAAGUUCGAGGAAGCUUCCGGAGACACAACAGGGGAACGUUUCCUAUGAUGAGAUUCAUAGGAUAAUUGUGGAGGGGUUUCAGUUGUCGUGGUUGCCUGUUAUUUGUGAAGAUCGAUGUGGAAAAGGGACCAAUUGCGAGGUUAUCAAUGAAUCCAACGGACAAGUCCAAUGUAACAAGCACUACUGUCACUAUGCCUACCACACCACCGAUAAGUGCGAAUAUUGGCAACAGAUUAUUGGCUAUACUCGAGCUUAUCUUAGAGGCAUUAUAUUUGGAAUAGGCAGCAGAAUAACAUUUAGCACGAAACAAUUGGACAACCCUGUUGGACUAGAAUAUUUUGAUGGAGGAAUAUUCAUAGGACGAAAUGUUGUACCAAUAUUUGUGGCUGCUAGAUAUCUGUUUGGAAUUGUACUUCUCCUUGUUUUGUUAAUCUACAAGUGGCGUCGAAGACAUUUAUCAAUAUAUGAAAAUAUAGAGAUUUUUUUGCUAGACAGCAGUCUAAAUCCCAUUAGGUAUGAAUACAAAGAAAUAAAAAAAAUGACUGGAGGUUUCAAAGUAAAACUGGGUGAAGGAGGCUUUGGCUCUGUGUACAAAGGAAAACUUCGAAGUGGGUUGGAUGUAGCAGUGAAGAUGUUGUUGAGCAAAUCCAAUGCUAAUGGACAGGAUUUUAUAAGUGAAGUAGCUACCAUUGGAAGAAUACAUCACGUGAAUGUGGUACGUCUUGUUGGAUAUUGUGUUGAUGGAAAAAAACGUGCUCUAGUUUAUGAAUUCAUGCUUAAUGGGUCAUUGGAUAAAUAUAUUUUUUCUAAAGAAGGAAGUGACCCUUUAAGUUACGAGAAAAUAUAUGAAAUAUCUGUUGGAAUAGCUCGUGGGAUUGCAUAUAUACACCAAGGUUGUGAUAUGCAAAUUCUACAUUUUGAUAUCAAGCCUCAUAAUAUACUUCUAGAUGACAACUUCAUUCCAAAGGUUUCAGAUUUUGGACUAGCAAAGUUAUAUCCUGUGGAUGAUAGCAUUGUCCCCUUAACUGCAGCAAGAGGAACUUUGGGUUACAUGGCUCCGGAAUUAUUCUACAAAAAUAUGGGUGGAGUAUCGUAUAAGGCUGAUGUCUAUAGCUUUGGAAUGCUUUUGAUGGAAAUGGCAAGUAAGAGAAGGAACACAAAUCCUCAUGCAGAGCAUUCAAGCCAACAUUACUUCCCCUUUUGGAUCUAUGAUCAGUUUAAAGAAGAGAAAAAUAUUGAUAUGGUAGAUGCCUCGGAAGAAGACAAUAUUCUAGCAAAAAAGAUGUUCAUGGUUGCACUUUGGUGUAUUCAGUUAAAACCAAGUGAUCGUCCUUCAAUGAAUAAGGUGGUGGAAAUGCUUGAAGGGGAAAUUGAAAGCCUUGAAUUGCCUCAAAGGCCUUCUUUUUAUCCAGAUAAUAUCUAUGUACAUGAUGAACUCAACUCUGGGCAAACAUCAUUUAGUAGUUCCAGUUAUUCUGAUAGUUAUCAUGAUGAAAGCAUAACUGGUGAUUCACCAAGAAUAGUACUUGACAGAGAUAGGCAAUCUAUCUCGAAUUAAGUAUAGCAUUGGGGAGUACUGAGGGGAUUGGUGCUUGGAUAUGAUUGAUUUGGUACAAGUUAUUUAUUAAGUGUUGAAGUAUUGUGUAGUUUGAAACGGUUAGCUGCUGUAUAGUGCAUGGCAUGUUAUGACCUGGUGGUGUAGAUGAUUAUGGUGCUCCGAGACACCAUCAUGAAGUGUGGCAUAACUGCAAUUCCUCAACAUGUUAAUUUUUCCUUCCUUGAUUUUGUUGUCAUGAUUUUGUGCAAGUGUAAAUUUUUUAUUUUAUAUACUUCUGAUUCAAAUUUCAGUACAUGGUAAAUUAUC